AUGAAGCUAAAUAUAGUGUCGUGGAAUGUAAGGGGGCUGAAUUGUGCUAAGAAAAGAAACAUGAUCAAAAACAUAUUACUUACUUGGAAGGCAGAUGUGGUAUGCUUCCAGGAAAUGAAAGUGGAAGGGGAAAUUACAGAAAUAGUAAAGGAUGUAUGGGGGAAUAGAUGGGUGAGUUAUGUACAAUUAGAGGCAAGUGGAACUAGGGGUGGAAUUGUUAUAAUGUGGGAUAGAAGGGUCUGGGAAGGAACACUCAGCAGUGUGGGAGCUUACUCUGUUUCCUGCAGUUUCUCAGGGAUAGAUGAAGAUUUCAACUGGCAUAUUACAGGAGUCUAUGCACCAAAUGAUAGAGUGGAGAGGGAAGAGACUUGGUGGGAGAUUGGAGCAGCUAGAGGGUUAAUUUCAGGCCCGUGGGUGCUGUGUGGAGAUUUCAAUAUUGUCAGACAUCCUUCGGAGAAAAAAAAUUGUGACAGAAUCAGUAAAGCAAUGACGGAUUUCUCUGAUUUCAUUGAGGAUAUGGAAUUAAUAGAUCUGGAAUUAUCAGGGGGAAAUUUCACUUGGAAGAAAGGAGACAGAUUCACAAUAGCAGCAAGAAUUGACAGGUUCCUCUUUUGUGAAGAAUGGGAUGCAAACUUCAGAAAUAUUAAACAAUCCAUUAUUCACAGAGUGACCUCUGAUCAUUCGCCUAUAAUGUUGCAAUGUGGAGGUUGGGAAACUACAAAUUCUUACUUUAAGUUUGAAAAUUGGUGGCUGGAUACAGAAGGGUUCAAUGAAAGAGUGAAGGGGUGGUGGGAUUCUUUCAACCACAGUGGGAAACCUGAUUACAUUCUGGUAACAAAGCUAAAAGCUUUAAAGGGGAAAUUGAAAGAAUGGAGCAAGACAACACAAGGCAAUCUGGGAAUUCAAAAGCAGAAAGUGUAA